CGUGCUCAGCCACUUCCCCGCCGCAGCUCCCUCCACUACACCUCACCCAGGCACUGGGACCUCCGGUGGCCGCCUGCCCCGAGCCGAGGCUGCACCUGUGAAGAGGCUGGGCAGCCUGUCCUCCCGGCACGGCAGGCAGGAUGGGCGACAUGGCCAACAGUUCCAUCGAGUUCCACCCCAAGCCCCAGCAGCAGCGGGAGGCCCCCCACGCGGGCGGCUUUGGGUGCACACUGGCUGAGCUGCGUGCCCUCAUGGAGCUCCGAGGAGCUGAGGCGCUGCAGAAGGUCCAGGAGGCCUACGGGGAUGUCAGUGGGCUCUGCAGGAGGCUGAAGACCUCGCCCACAGAGGGCCUGGCCAACAAUGCCAAUGACUUAGAGAAGCGCAGGCAGAUCUACGGGCAGAACUUUAUCCCUCCCAAGCAGCCCAAGACCUUCCUGCAGCUGGUGUGGGAGGCCCUGCAGGACGUGACCCUGAUCAUCCUGGAGGUGGCUGCCAUUGUCUCCCUGGGCCUUUCAUUCUAUGCGCCGCCGGGGGAGGAGAGCGAAGCAUGCGGGAAUGUGUCAGCUGGGGCAGAAGACGAAGGGGAGGCCGAGGCAGGCUGGAUCGAGGGAGCCGCCAUCCUGUUGUCGGUCACCUGCGUGGUUCUGGUCACGGCCUUCAAUGACUGGAGCAAGGAGAGGCAGUUCCGGGGCCUGCAGAGCCGCAUCGAGCAGGAACAGAGGUUCUCGGUCAUCCGGGAUGGCCAGCUGCUGCAGGUCCCCGUGGCCGCACUCGUGGUGGGAGACAUUGCCCAGGUCAAGUACGGAGACCUGCUGCCUGCUGAUGGCGUGCUCAUCCAAGGCAAUGACCUCAAGAUCGAUGAGAGCUCCCUGACAGGCGAGUCAGACCACGUGCGCAAAUCAGCUGACAAAGACCCCAUGCUGCUCUCAGGUACUCAUGUCAUGGAAGGUUCUGGAAGAAUGGUGGUGACUGCCGUUGGUGUGAACUCCCAGACAGGCAUCAUCUUUACCUUGCUCGGAGCCGGUGGAGAGGAAGAGGAGAAGAAAGAUAAGAAAGGCAAGCAGCAGGAUGGGGCGAUGGAGAGUAGCCAGACCAAAGCUAAGAAGCAGGACGGGGCAGUUGCCAUGGAAAUGCAGCCCCUGAAGAGCGCGGAGGGCGGGGAGAUGGAGGAACGGGAGAAGAAGAAAGCCAGCGUGCCCAAGAAGGAGAAGUCGGUCCUGCAGGGCAAGCUCACCAAACUGGCCGUGCAGAUUGGGAAGGCAGGCCUGGUCAUGUCUGCCAUCACUGUCAUCAUCCUGGUCCUCUACUUUGUGAUUGAGACCUUCGUCGUCGACGGCCGGGUGUGGCUGGCGGAGUGCACGCCCGUCUAUGUGCAGUACUUUGUGAAGUUUUUCAUCAUCGGCGUCACUGUGCUGGUUGUGGCCGUCCCGGAGGGCCUGCCUCUGGCUGUCACCAUCUCCUUAGCUUACUCUGUCAAGAAAAUGAUGAGGGACAACAACCUGGUCCGUCACCUGGAUGCCUGUGAGACCAUGGGAAACGCCACCGCCAUCUGCUCGGACAAGACGGGCACACUCACCACCAACCGUAUGACCGUGGUCCAGUCCUACCUCGGGGACACCCACUACAAAGAGGUUCCAGCCCCCAGCACCCUGACCCCCAAGAUCCUCGACCUCCUGGUCCACGCCAUCUCCAUCAACAGUGCCUACACCACCAAAAUACUACCUCCAGAGAAGGAAGGCGGUCUCCCCCGCCAAGUGGGCAACAAGACCGAGUGUGCUCUGCUAGGCUUUGUCCUGGACCUGAAGCGGGACUUCCAGCCUGUGCGGGAGCAGAUUCCAGAAGAUAAGCUUUACAAAGUCUACACCUUCAACUCGGUCCGCAAGUCCAUGAGCACGGUCAUCCGCAUGCCUGACGGCGGCUUCCGCCUCUUCAGCAAGGGCGCCUCGGAGAUCCUGCUGAAAAAGUGCAGCAACAUCAUAAACAGCUUCGGCGAGCUGCGUGGCUUUCGGCCUCGGGACCGGGACGACAUGGUGAAGAAGAUCAUCGAGCCCAUGGCGUGCGACGGCCUCCGCACCAUAUGUAUUGCCUACCGGGAUUUCUCUGCCGCUCAGGAGCCCGACUGGGACAAUGAGAACGAGGUCGUGGGCGACCUCACCUGCAUAGCUGUCGUGGGCAUCGAGGACCCCGUGCGGCCCGAGGUCCCUGAAGCUAUCCGCAAAUGCCAGCGUGCUGGCAUCACAGUGCGCAUGGUGACCGGGGACAACAUCAACACAGCCAGGGCCAUCGCGGCCAAGUGUGGCAUCAUCCAGCCCGGGGAGGACUUCUUGUGCCUGGAGGGGAAGGAGUUCAACCGGCGCAUCCGCAAUGAGAAAGGCGAGAUAGAACAGGAGCGUCUGGACAAGGUGUGGCCCAAGCUGAGGGUCCUCGCCCGAUCGUCUCCCACCGACAAACAUACUCUGGUCAAAGGGAUCAUCGACAGCAGCACUGGCGAGCAGCGGCAGGUGGUGGCCGUGACCGGGGACGGCACCAACGACGGGCCAGCCCUCAAGAAGGCAGAUGUGGGCUUUGCCAUGGGCAUCGCAGGGACUGACGUGGCCAAGGAGGCCUCAGACAUCAUCCUGACCGAUGACAACUUCACCAGCAUCGUCAAGGCGGUCAUGUGGGGCCGCAAUGUCUACGAUAGCAUCUCCAAGUUCCUGCAGUUCCAGCUGACCGUCAACGUGGUGGCCGUGAUCGUGGCCUUCACGGGUGCCUGCAUUACUCAGGACUCUCCUCUCAAAGCCGUGCAGAUGUUGUGGGUGAACUUGAUCAUGGACACAUUUGCCUCUCUGGCCCUGGCGACAGAGCCACCCACCGAGGCGCUGCUGCUGCGGAAACCGUACGGCCGGGACAAGCCCCUGAUCUCGCGCACCAUGAUGAAGAACAUCCUGGGCCACGCGGUGUACCAGCUCACCAUCAUCUUCACACUGCUGUUCGUCGGGGAGCUCUUCUUCGACAUUGACAGCGGGAGGAACGCACCCCUGCAUUCUCCACCCUCAGAGCACUACACCAUCAUCUUCAACACCUUCGUCAUGAUGCAGCUCUUCAAUGAGAUCAAUGCCCGCAAGAUCCACGGUGAGCGAAACGUCUUCCAUGGCAUCUUCAGCAACCCCAUCUUCUGCACCAUCGUCCUGGGCACCUUUGCAAUUCAGAUCAUCAUCGUGCAGUUCGGCGGAAAGCCCUUCAGCUGCUCCCCCCUGUCCACGGAGCAGUGGCUCUGGUGCCUGUUCGUUGGCGUUGGGGAGCUGGUCUGGGGACAGGUCAUCGCCACCAUCCCCACCAGCCAGCUCAAGUGCCUGAAGGAAGCAGGGCACGGGCCCGGGAAGGAUGAGAUGACUGACGAGGAGCUGGCCGAGGGGGAGGAAGAGAUUGACCACGCCGAGCGGGAGCUCCGCAGAGGCCAGAUCCUCUGGUUCCGGGGCCUCAAUCGGAUUCAGACGCAGAUGGAGGUAGUGAGUACCUUCAAGAGAAGCGGUUCAUUUCAGGGUGCUGUGCGCCGGCGGUCUUCGGUCCUCAGCCAGCUCCAUGACGUAACCAAUCUUUCUACCCCUACUCACAUCCGGGUGGUGAAAGCAUUCCGUAGCUCGCUCUAUGAAGGCCUGGAGAAACCGGAAUCCAAGACCUCCAUUCAUAACUUCAUGGCAACGCCCGAGUUUCUGAUCAAUGACUACACCCACAACAUCCCACUCAUCGAUGACACGGACGUGGAUGAGAACGAGGAGCGCCUGCGGGCCCCCCCACCCCCGUCCCCCAACCAGAACAACAACGCCAUAGACAGCGGUAUCUACCUGACCACGCACGGCACCAAGUCAGCUACCUCGUCAGUGUUUUCUUCCAGACCCGGGAGCCCGCUCCACAGCGUGGAGACGUCCCUCUAAGGGAAGGGCUCCGGGCACACGCACACCGCACACACGCGCACUCGGCCCGGAUGGCACAGGCCUGCAAGGAGAGCACGGCCAAGGCGGCUGAAGAUGGUGCUCGCACGGCACUAGCAAGAAGCCACUCCACCCAAGGCUUCUUAUCUGGGACUGAGGAGGACGAGGGAGAAACUAGAGCGUGAGAAGAGCCGUGUUUCCCUUUUUUCUAUCGAAGCAUUUUUUUAACGAACACUACAGUUCCUCCGCACGUUCGCUGUUCGGGCUGUGCGGUGGGGCGGGGGGCUGGUUUCAGCUGACUGGGCGUUUCCCUGCACCUGCCGGAGAGCAGCUGGCCCGACAGGUUCAUACAGAGAGAAAAAAGAUGACCGUGGCUCGGCAGCGCCCGGAAGGAUGCCCCGCCGGACAGCCUGUCGCUGGGAGCCGCCUGCAAAUGUACCUGCGCCGCCGAGCGCCCCUCCCCCAGGACACAUGUGCGGUCUGUAUGUGUGUGCGUGUGUGCAUAGAUAUGCGUGUGCGUAUAGACAUGUACGUACAUAUAUGACCAGAUGCGUAUUUAAAGAAUAAGGAGCUAUUUAUCAGCAUGAUAUUUCCAUUCCUCUUAUCAGGUGUUUUCAUUUUGAAAUUUCAUUAUUUAUUGUGGCAGGGUUUUUUUUCAGGGAACGAGACUGCAAGAAUAUCUUUUUGGUUGCUUGCCCGCCCCCCACCGCUGCCCCCCACCUUCUGCCCAGCCUCCGUUCUCCAUCCCGGUCCUCCUCCCCGCACAGUUCCUGGGAAUGUUGCUGUGGAGAUUCCUGAGAAGGUCGGGGAGAGAGACACGAGGCCGGAGCGGUUAGAAUUAGAACUUUUGCACUUUGAGACCCCUGCCUAUAGAGGGAAAAAAACAAACAAACAAAAAAAACAAAAACCUUUCAAUGGAAUUUUUUUAUUUAAAAGGAAAAUACCAAAGUAUUGAUAAGAAUGAUCCCCUCCAGUAGGUGGAAAGGGGAGUUUUGCUUUCAGUUUCCUUCGGUUUCAACUCCAAGUCCUGAAUUCUGGCUGGUGGGCUUUCUUUGUCCACGCCCCAACUUCAACAGCAUGAAGCGCUGCCGCCCCCUGCCACGCCGACCCCUUGGAAACACCCAGAACCCGGGAGCAGCCCCAGGAGAGCCAGGUCUGGAGGUGGGGGUGGGGCUGGGGGUGGGGAGACCACCAAGAGUCAGGCAGAACGUGGCGGAGGAAGAGGUACCCUCCAAACCCAAGAGGAGCUGACGUGACCGCAACCGAGAAGUUGGGCUGAGGGGUCUGCCGAGUGACUGGGGCCAGGUCUCAGUCACCACCCGCCAAAGCACUCUUCCGACCCGGGGCUUCUCGUUCAAGGACAACUAUGACCCACAAAGGCAUGGAUUUGUGUCUGCAGCCACCUACGGUGACAUGGGGGAAGCAGGCGCAGGAGCAAAGCCCCUGGGAGCGAUGGCACCUCGCCGCCGUCGCUCCGGUCACAGCUGUGGCUCUGUCUCACGAGCCCGGGAGGCUGAGGAGGUCAGCUUCGCCGUGCCGGCUGAGCACCCUGUCUGCAGGAGGGAGAGCUGGGCCUGGGCUCCCCAGACGGUUCCCUCGGGGACCUCUCCUUGCCGUAUGGGCACCCGUUGUGCCAAGCCUCAGUUUCCCCUGAAUGCACGCUGACCAGGGAGGGAAAUGCAGCAAAAGCAGAGUUUCCUUUACCUUCUGAAUUCAUCUGUCGCAUUUUGCAGAGACGCAGUUGAAGUCCGACCGCAGCGUGAACAUGUGCCUAUCACUUGGGCCUGAGGCUGAGCCACUGAGGGACAGCUGGGAGCUGAGGGACACGGGUCAGAAUGGAAAUGCAGGUGUGGGUGAGCAGCAAGGCCGGCUCACCCGUCAUGUCCCCUGUGCUACCCCCACUGGCAGGGGACUCGCCCAAGCCCACCUGCCUCUGUGAGCAUCUGGGUCGACAUCCAAAACAUGCUCAGUUCCUACCGCUAACCUGAAGGCCAUGUCACCCCUGAGCAGGAGUAGUCAAAUCUCGGGCGAAGGAAUUCCAGUUAGACAAGAAAAUCCCACUUAAGAUGCCAGCUACAGAUAACUUAAAGCCAUCCCUUUAUUCCAAAGGGCACACUGAGAAUGUUACCCAUUUGUGAAUUGUUCCCUAAUGUCCUUGUUUAAACAACAAAAAGGGCAACUCAAUUUGUUGAGGGUCUGUGUGUUCUUAAACUAGAAAUAAAAUUGGAAAUCUUUCAAAUUGAAGAAGGUAAGCUGCAUAUGCUCUGCUCAUGGGCUUCUUUUCAUUCUCUGUUAGAGACACCUUGGUAGAACAAACGGUCCGUAUAGAUUAAACAAAAACCCUCACUGCUGCCGUACGAAGUUGCCUACUGUGUGUGUCCAUUGUUGCCCUUCCUCGGGGUGUGGGGUUCAGAAAGGGGCGCCGUGACCUCAGAUUGUCGCUCUGGUUUCUGUACAGUCUUCAGGCCGAGGGACCUGUCUUGUGAGGAAGCCCCCUCUAUAAAGCAUAUUAUACGGAAUGGCUUGGUCAACUGUGUUCAGUUAUGAAAUAUGUUUUACAUUUUUAUCUGCCUGUUAUAAAGAUGAACAAAAAUUAUCUU